AUGGCAGACGGACUCAACCAGGCUCGCGCAGUACGAGUAGCCGAACUCAUGAACGACUAUAGAACCUUGUUGAUCCACAUUUCUCAACAACAAGCGUCCCCACCCUCCUCCGCCGAGUCUCAAGAACUGGGCUAUACCGUGCUGCGAGAAUGCCAUCAGGCGACGCAACGUCUCUUGGCCGCAAACUAUCAUCCCAGUCCUGUGGCGGGCAAUGGAGAUGCAGAGACGGAAAAAGCAGAGCUUCAGAGAGUCAUCAUCGACAGCAGCGCGCGUCGGUUCCAAGCACACAAGAUCUACCUACGAGCCGCCGCGGCUCAGAGAUGGAUCAUCGCUCGGUCGAACAUCCUGCGCGGUCAGGCGCCAUCUCCUGCUCUUCAACCGGCAUUGAAGGGCAUACAGGCUACGCUGCAGAACGAAUUGGCUCGCAUCACCGAUCGAUAUAUCGUCGCUGACCUUCGGGCCGCUGAUGUGCGUGCGGGCCAUUGGCUGGGUGAUGAUCCUUCAUUGGAGACCAUUCUUCGCUAUCUUCAGCGUCGCUAG